AUGGGUUUGCUUUUUUUGGUGAUCCUGACUUUGUUCUUGCCGAGCUGUGCUGGUGCAAACCUUCGCAAGUUAGGCGUUGAGGCGGCUGCAAUGAACAACUCUCGCGCACUGUCGGCUGUCUCCAGACAUCUUACCAAUGUCAAGAUCUAUCCUAUAGAGAUGUUUGAAAAUGCAGCAUCAACUGAAGUCCAAGCAGCGAUACAGAAACUUGAAAAAGCAAAUAUACGCCCAACUCUCAACAAAGUUGAAUCACUUAAAACUAAAGAAAUGUCACCAGCUCCAGUCACAUUUCCCGAAAAAGUUGAAUUACGUCUACGUGAAUUUGACAAUUUGGCACCACACAAACCACGAGAAGUAAUCGUGGACGAGAAGAAGUUGAUAUUGAAACUGGAUCCGAUUCGGAAGCGAAUGGAAAAUUAUCCUCAUGAUAAAUUGAGCGUAGAUGGGCUAUCAAGAUUACUGGAAUUGGAGAUCGAAAGAGGACGUCGCUGGGACAGUGGCCAAAUCUUACACAAACAAUCUGGAACUGGAAUGGCGCUAGAAAGAACCGAAGAAGAGAAAGAGGUGAUCAGAAGAAGAGGAGGCGCGGCUCCUCUUAUGCAUUCUUCUAUUGGCAGAGACGGACAAAUGAUUAACAAGUUUGGUGAGAAAGUGAUGUCAUUUUGUGUUACUAUACGUCACAAGGACGGGGGACCUUUUGUGAGACGGGUAGAAGGUAAACAAGGUUAUCAUUAUGCCAAUAAAGAGGAUGUCGAAAUGGUCAUCAUAUCGAGCUCGAACCAAGCCAAGUCCAACUGGAUCACUGUAAAGGGAGGCCGAAAUAUAGGUGAACAGCCAGAACAAGCGGCAUUACGCGAGACACUGGAAGAAUGUGGACCAAAGAAACCAGGUGACAAAGUAGAAAUGAGUCGGUGGGAGACUUGGGUCAUGGAUGGGGGCGAAGGUCAGGGCAUACAAUACGGAAAAAAAGAGGGUGAAGCAGUGGGCAAAGCGUAUGAAAUGUUUUCUGAGGACGGACGUUUGCGCGGGUUGUUUGCUUUCGACGAUGCAGUUGCGUUGAUAAAACACAGUGAUCCCGUAAUGGCUGCAAAUCUGCAGAGAGUAGAGAGACUUUUUGGUACUCAACAACGGCCUAAGGACGCGAAGCUUGCCAAGCUGAAGCUGAAGAUGCCUGAAGAAACGAAGCCGGAGGUUUAA